AUGGACGCAAUCAAGCAGAGAAUGAACGCUCUACGCGUGGAGGCCGACGAGUCCGCGGGCAAAGUAGAAGACUUGAAGUCCAAGGUCAAGACCCUCGAACAGGAGACUAUGCAAAACGAACAGGAGAUCACUUCCUUACGACACAAGGUGCAAUUACUGGAGACGGAGAACGAGAAGCUCGAGGGUAUGCACAAGGAUGCCAAGGCGGCGGUGGACGAGAGCGCACAGCACGGUACUCAGAAUGAGAGCUUGACAAGGAAGAUUCAAAUACUUGAGGAGGAGGCCGAGGAGGCGGACAAGAAUCUGAGGGAGACUACCGAGAAGCUCCGUCAAACCGAUGUCAAGGCCGGUCACUACGAGCGUAAGGUCGCGGCACUCGAGCAGACGAGCGAGCAGUGGGAGAAGAAGUACGAGGAGAUGGCGGCCAAGUACUCUCUGACCAAGAAGGAGCUCGACGACUUUGUCGCCGAGAUUGGCAACAUCUAG